GACUAGCAGCUUGAGACCACAGCGGAAAAGGAAAAGUGAAAGGCGUAGAGAAGUUUGUUCAAAGUUCCUCUAGGGCUGGGCAGUUCUUCCUUCCCGAGUCCAGCAGCCUCCGGCCUCUUCUCCAGCCGCCAGCGGACUCCGUGGGGUCGCAUCUCCUUCCGCCCGGCCCUGCCCUCUCCAUAUCCUGGGUCCGACAAGGUGAGAUGUUUCUCAAGCUGGGCCCAGAGAAGGAAGCAGAAUCCAGGUGAGGUAGAGUGGUCAUGGCUGCCAAACCCCUAGUACCUCUACCGGACACCCUCCUGGAAGAACUGAUCUGCAGUAUUUGUGUGGAACACUUGAAGGACCCAGUCAGCAUCCCCUGUGGCCACAGCUUCUGCAAAACCUGUAUCACAGAGCUAUGUGACUAUCAUACAACCCACUGCCAGGGCUCUGUGCCAUGUCCAAUUUGCAAGAAGUCUUUUCAGAAGAAAAACAUCAGUCCCAAUUGGGUGCUGGCACAAUUAGUUCCCAACCUCCUAAGCUUAGAACUCUCUGAUAAGCAACCAGAAGAUUCUAAACAACCAGCAGAUUACCAGCUUUGCAAGAAGCAUGGGGAAAAGACCUUCUUCUACUGUGAAGCAGACGAGCAGUUCUUGUGCUUUGUGUGCAGGGAGCUCCGGGAGCACAGCACUCAUAUUGUCUUGCCAGUAGAGGAUGCUGCCCAGCCCUACAAAGAUCAAAUUCAGAGACAGCUGGAAAGUCUGAAGGAAUCCAAAGAAAAGAUCAUGCAUUUGAAGGGAAAAGAUACAUUCCAAGAACUGCUGAACCAGAUUCAAGACAAAAAACUGGGAAUUUUGUCUGAGUAUCAGCAGUUCCGGGAGUUUCUUGAUGUGCAGGAACAGCUCCUCCUGGCUCAGAUGGAGGAGUUGGAGAAGAACAUCAGCUAUAAGAAAGAGCAAUAUGUCACACAGGUCUCUCAAAAAAUAUCCCAUCUUGAAGAAUUAAUAAGUAAAAUGGAGGAGAGAGUUUCUCAGACCCCAAGUGAAAUCCUUAAGAUCAGAAAACAACUGGAAGAAAGGUGGGAGAAAGAACAGAUCUUGAUUCCUAUUACCACAUCCCAAGACCUAGAGGAGAGAGUCUGUGCUUUCAAUGAAAAGAUAGAUGACUUGGAGGAAUCCAUGAGAAAUUUCAAGGCUCCAUGGUUGCAACUUCACCUUCAGAACAAGACAACUAAGAAAGAGAUAUGCCACACAAUGGAGCAGAUGUUAAAUCAACUUGUCACUGAAAUAACCCAAUCUACACUAAAAAAUGGUCAAGGAGUCAUUUCUGAAGCAGACAUGUCAGAGAUACUAGAGAUGGUAGUCCUGGGAAAAUUAAAGGAAGUAUCUUCCAAAAUGAGAAUGAAAAUGAAGAAAACCCCCUUGAGAGUGGCUGUGAUUGGAAAUGCUUCACUGAGCAAUUCACUGAUAAAUACCCUGUUUAUGUUUACUGUUAGGGGAAAAAUGGGCGGUUUUCCUUUAUUCCACAUUCCCCUCAUGAUCCCCUUUGUAGCAGAGUGGCAAGAACUACCAGAUAUUGAGACAUAUAGGGAACCUGUAACGACUUACCUGAAGGAGAUAGAUUGUGAUCGUUUUGAUGUUGUCAUCAUUAUUCCUUCUGUCUACAUUGAAUCCAUUCAUACCAACCUAGCAAUAGAACUCCACAAUAAGGGGAAGAAGAUCUACUUCAUUUCGAUGAAUAUUCCGUCUGUCUCAGCAUCUCCAGGCAUAUUGUUUAAUUUGGACAAUACAAAACUAUUUGUAUGGAACCUAGAAAGGAUAGGUUCGAGUCAUCCUCAAGUAUUCCUGAUCUCUGUCAUGAAUGAUGUAUCUAACUGUACAACUUUCUGUAGUGCCCUAAAAGCAUUUCAAGAUCAGAGGAGCGUUGAAGCUCAGACUUUGAUGGAGUACCUUUCUCAUAUCUGUGUAGAUGCCAUUGAGAGGAAGAAGACUGCCUUGCAGGGGAUGAUUGGAGUCGAAUCUUUAAUGGUGGCUCUACAAGUCACUGCCAGUUCUGGAGGUCUAGCCCAGAUCAGAACCUGUUUGAGUCAUUAUCGAAGGUUCUUUGGGGUGGAUGAUCUUUCCCUCACCAAUCUAGCUCAGAUGUUUAGUUGGAACAUAAAGGAAUUACAGAGCAUCACCAAGUCCUGGAAUUUUCAGGCACUCAUAAAAGACAAUCAAAAAUUAGCAGCUAUCACAAGCACGAAGUUCAACCAAGCAAAACCUCUUCACCAAAAGAAUUUUCAAAAAUUGUAUAAUCAAGCUCAUGACAUACAUAACUAUUUUCUUGAAAUAGUAACCAAUGACACAAUGACAAUCCUUCAGAAAAUAUGGCUGGAUCUGUCCAAAGAAACCAGUUGAUCCUUUGGUCUCUGAAACUAUGACCAUUCUCCUGCAACUUUAAAAUCCUUCCUCCAUCGAUCUUCCAACUACUAUAACCAAAAACCUUCUUGGAACUCCAUAUCAUUGUCAUAGAAGACUGAAAUAAUUUGUGGUUUUUGUACCCCAGGCAAACUAGUUUCAAAGGCUGCUAAAAUUUUCUUCUGUUCCAAAGUUAGUCUUCUAACCCCACAACAAAGUUUCAUGGAGGUCCGGGGCCUUUAUCUCAUACCAUUAUCACCUAUAUCUCUUGGAACAAGUUACCAAUGACUUGUGACCAGUGUCAGAGAUAAGACUGAACCAGUUCAUCUGUCUCCUAAACCAGGACUUUUCUCUCUUACCCAUAAGGUUAGCCUCAAUCCCCAUGUAUUUAUUAAGUGAACCAUUAUACUAGGUGAUGUGGGAGAUACAGAGAAACACAGGAAGUUUCUGCUUUCUAGGAUGUUGUAAUCUAAUUGGAGAAACCGUAGAACUUUAGAGGUUUUUUAUCCUAACUCCCAUUUUAAAAUCUCCAUUGUCAUAUCUCUAAUAAAGGCAUCAAGUCCAGUGAAAGGAACUCAAUACUGUACAAGACAGCUUCUUCCACUUUUGACUAGCUUUGAUGGUUGAUUAUGAAAAAGCAUUUGUUCAAGGAGAAAAAUAUUACCUUAAAGGUUCUCUCCCAAAACAUCUCUCUCAUCCCCACAUCAAAAUCAUUCAAAAUACCUUGAAAGGUAUAACAGCACAAAAACACAUAGCAAAACUUUUUUUGUUGCAACAACUAGAAAACAAAAAGAAUGUCCAUAUUUGGUGAUGGAACAAAUUGUGACAAAUGAAUAUAAUAGAAUAUUGUACUGUAAGAAAUAAUAAAUAUGGUAGAUUCAGAAAAACCUAGAAAGAUUUUUCUGUACAAAUGUAGAGUGAAAUGAGUGUAACAGGACAGUUUACACAAUGGUAACAGUAGCAUAAAAGAAAAUUUUUUUAAAGUACCUUUGAUGAGUGUAAUUACUAAUUAUGAUACCAUAAGUUGAUGAUGAAGCAUGGCUUCCACUUCUUGGCAGAGUGGUAAUGUAGAGAAAUACAGAAUGGGGCAUCAAUUUUCAGCUCUAGUCAAUGAGUUGAUUUGUUUUGCUUAACUACACUAAUUUGUUCAAAUGGAAUACUCCUAGAGAGAGAGAGAGGAUUGGAGCUAGAAAACAUAAAUGAUAGUAAUAAUGAUUCAAUAAAAGAAAAAAGCAUCAAUGACAAAAUAUAAUGAAAGCAUAAAGAGGUUUGGAAGAAGACAAGAAGUUGAAAAGUUUGGUUCUUAUGUUGAAUUUAAUAUAUUAUAAAACAUUUUAGAGUUGCAUACACAAUUGUCUUUUAUGUUCUUUGUACAUUGAAAUGUCUGUUUAUUAAAAUUUGUUAAGUUUAUAAUAAAAAAUUUUAAAGAUAUGACAACAGAGAGAAAUUCAUUAUAUAGGAUCCUCAGGCAAUAAAUAUCCUGAAAGCCAUAAA